AUGCCCUUCCCGCCCAGGCCGCCGCCGCCAGCCCCGGCCGCGGGGGGCGCCGCCGCGCGCCCGCCGCCCCGGAGGCCCUGCGCGCCCGCGCCCGCGCCGCCCCUGGCCGCCGCCGAGAAGAAGAGGCGGCCCCCCGAGCGGCCCGCGGCGCUGCUCUCCAGCUCCUGGCCCUCGGCCACCCUGAAGAAGCCGCCGGCCCGGCGCGGCCCCGGCCCCGGCCCGAGCAGGACGCAGCCGCCCGCCCCUCCGCGCGCCCCGCCCCAGGCCUCGCCCGGACGCGCGGGGGCCCCGGCCACGUGCGCCACGCCCCGGCCGGCCGGCUCCGGCCCGAACGCGGCGGCCGGCGCGGGUCCCGGGCCCGACGACGCCGUGCGCUUCUCGCUGAGCCUCACGCCGGAGGCCAUCCUGGUCAUCCAGAGGCGCCACCUGGAGAAGCAGCUGCUGGCGCGGCCCCGCCGGUCCUUCCCCUCGCCGCUGGCCACCGGCCCCGGCCCGCGGAGGGGCGGCCCCGCCGCGCCCCCGGCCGCGGGCCUCGCCUGCCGCCCGCUGCUGCAGGUGUCGCUGCUCAACGAGCGGCACAGGUACGACGACGUGGAGUACGAGGAGGAGGCCGAGGCCCCGGACGAGGGCGUGGUGCGCAAGUGCACCGAGUGGCUGCGCGGUGUGGAGUCGGCGGCCGCCGGGCGGGGCCGCGCCGCGCACCUGGAUGCCCCGCCGCGGCUGAGCACGCUGUGA